AUGAAGAGCAAAUCCAUAGUCAUACCAUGUUGUUCAUUUUCCUGUGAGAGUUGCGGCGAGAAAGAAAAUGAAGCCAUACCUAAAGAUGUUCCAAGAGGACACUUGGUAGUGUAUGUAGGUGAUGAUCACAAGAGGUUUGUGAUAAAGAUGAGUUUUCUUAACCAUCCUAUAUUCAAGGCAUUGCUUGAUCAAGCUCAAGAUGCUUAUGACUUCAGUUCUGAUUCAUCAAAACUAUGGAUUCCAUGCGAUGAGAACACUUUCCUCGAUGUAGUUCGUUGCAGUGGGGCUCCUCAGCAUCACAGGAACUGCACUGGCAUGUGCAUGUAA